GUACCGGCAUAUAAAAAGCUUUUUUUCCCGUUUAAAGCUACGAGCCCUUUUUUUUUCCUUUUUGUGCAUUUAAUAACUAUUUUAAUAAUUUUAACGAUUGUAACCGUAAGUAAUUGGUAUUUAGCCGUUCUUUUUAAACAUUUAAAUUUAACCGGUAACUGUAAAUGUUAUUUUUUGUACCCAAUUACCUAUUGUAAUUUAAUUAAACCCGGAUUCGAAUUUGCCGGAACCUUUAAUUUUUUAAAUUUUUAA